UAAGACUGCCGGCAUUUACCUACACUAUUCUGCCUCACAUCAUCUCUUCAGUCACAUUGUGUGCCGUGUCUUCUCAAUCGUCAAACUACCCGAGUUCAAGAUGUCUACGAGGAGUGUUGAUAGGAGCGAUGUCAAGCCCAUCGAGCUAGAGGGCCCGUCAACGUCGAUCUUGACGAGCAGCCCCAGCUCCCAGGAGCUGGCGUCGAAAGAGGGCGACGAUGUUGACCCGAAGCUGGCCCGGAGGGUCAAAUGGAAGCUGGACCUGACCAUACUUCCGCUCAUGGCGAGCGUCUACUUCUUCGCUACGAUGGGAAAAUCCGAUCUCGGGAAUGCUAAGAUCGCGGGACUAACCGAGGAGCUGAGCCUCACCUCCCAAGACUACUCAAAUGCAGCCACCAUGUUCCUCGUGGCGACGAUCGUGUUCCAGCUCCCGGGAACACUCCUGAUCAAACGCAACCGCCCCAACCGGCAGUUUGGCGGGGCCAUGAUGACGUGGGGUUUCUUGACCACGAUGACGGUUCUGGUAAAUAACACGGGAGCGCUAAUCGGCUUGCGUUUCCUCAUCGGAGCGGCGGAGGCGUUCGUCCAGGGCGGUGUCUUCUAUCUCUCCUUCUGGUACCAAUACUCCGAGUACGCCACGCGGGGAGCCGUCGUGUCGUCCAUGUCCACGAUGGCGGGCGCCUUCAACGGCCUGAUCGCGUACGCCAUCCACAAGGACCUCGACGGCGCCAACGGGUGGCGGGCCUGGAGGUGGAUCUUCCUGAUCGAGGGCAUCUUGCCCAUGGCCUUCUCCUUCGUCAUCCUGUGCUUCCUGCCGAGCAGCCCGCAGACCUUGCGGUGGGGCUUCACCGAGGAGGAGAAGCAGCACAUCAUCCGCCGGAGCGUGCGUGCCCACAACUCGGAGGAGGACUCCCACGUGAAACUCGGCCAGAUCUGGAGGGUGAUGCUAGACCUCCACUUCUGGCUCUUCAUGCUGAUCAGCUGUGGCGGCGCCUUCUGCCAAUCGUCGCUAUCCAACUUCCUCCCGGACAUCAUCUCGGGCUUCGGGUACGAUAGGGUUGAGGCGCAGCUCUUCACCACUAUCGUGUACGCCUGUGGUUGCUUUGGGAUCCUAUUCUUCAGCCGGAUCGCCGACAAGACCAACGCGCGCGGUCUCACGAUGGCCGCGUCCACCAUUGGGGCCAUCCUCGGCUACGCCGUACUAAUCUGGGUCAGGAACCGCGACGUCCGCUUCGCCGCGACGUGCCUCGUCGCGUUUUCCAUCUUCCCCAACAGCGUGCUGGGCGUGACGUGGGGUGCCAUGUCCUUCGUUGGCUACACACGCAGAGGCUCCGUCCUGGCCUUCUUCAACAUCAUCCCCCACCUGUUCUCCAUCUCGGGAACCCAGGCGUACCAAGACCCACCCUACUACAGCACCGGCAACGCCGCGGCGCUCGCCAUGACGAUCGUCAUGUUCUUCUCGUCGAUAACGCUGCGCUGGUACCUCGGCCACCUGAACCGGAAGAAGCUGGCCAACCAGUCCUCGCAGGCGGCCGCGGACCUCCGGGAGAAGAGCAUCGAGGAGGUCGGCGACAAGCACCCUGACUUCUUCUACACUACGUAAAUCUCUGUGAGCGGUUGAUAGCCUUUGGUACUCUCAACUAAUGUCGGUUAUGUGGACUCACAUUGGGAUUAUAAAGGAAAACCCAAGGGGGAAAGGCUUGGGAAUGGGUUGGUUGUAGGCAUUUAUGGAUGUAUACUACGUAGUAUAUAUGUGGCGGUAUGAGCUGGUUACUGGAUUCUGCACUUAUGGGCUGUCUUGGUUACGAUCACACUGGGUAUCAUCUGGCUUUGGGUUUUGU